UAUAAACAGACCUUCCCUUAUCCCUCACCUUUCAUAUCACUUCAUAAACAACAGUCACGUCUCUUUCCCCCACCAUUUCCUCCUCUAUCACACCAACCCUUUCUUCUUCCACUUUCUCUUCAACCGUGUGUAAGUCCGAUAAUGGCUUUGACCAAAUUGACCACCAAACUCUUGUUCGUGGCCAUUUUGGGUCUACUAGCGUUUACCCAAGUGGGUCAUGCUCAGUUCUUCAACGGCACCGUCGGCGGCGACGGUGACGGCGAGGGAGGAGAUGGAGGAGACUACGGGGAAGUGGCCGCCGGCGGCGGCCGUGGUGCUCCUACCAAGGAAGCGUUGGUCCCGGCGAUGUUCAUAUUCGGCGACUCGCUGAUCGACAACGGCAACAACAACAACUUGGCCUCUCUCGCCAAGGCCAACUACUUGCCGUACGGCAUUGACUUCAACGGCGGGCCCACCGGCCGCUUCUCCAACGGCUACACCAUGGUUGACGAAAUCGAAAUGACACUAUGUGUUGUUUUGGAAAUAUGCGUGCAUGCAGCUGAGCAGCUGGGGCUGCCGUUGAUUCCGCCGUACACCGAGGCGACCAACGGCGACGUGACACGUGGCGUCAACUACGCCUCCGCCGCCGCCGGAAUCCUAGACGAUACCGGCAGAAACUUUGUGGGUCGGAUCCCAUUCGACCAACAAAUAGGAAACUUCCGGAACACGCUAGACCAACUGACCGGAAAACUCGGUGCCGUCGAAACCGCCCAGGGCAUCGGCCGGAGCAUAUUCUUCGUCGGAAUGGGCAGCAACGACUACCUCAACAACUACCUCAUGCCCAAUUACCCGACCCGCGGCCAGUACAACGGCCAGCAGUACGCCGACCUCUUGGUCCAUCAGUAUACCCGCCAGCUCAAUACGCUUUACAAUUUGGGAGCUAGGAAGUUCGUGAUAGCUGGGCUUGGAGUGAUGGGCUGCAUCCCCAGCAUCCUGGCCCAAAGCCCAGCCGGGCUUUGCUCUGAGGAAGUCAACAAGCUGGUCACUCCCUUCAACCAGAAUGUGAAGGCCAUGAUCAACAACUUCAACGCCAACCUCCCUGGCGCCAGGUUCACUUACAUCGACAUUGCCAAGAUGUUCCGCGAGGUCCUCACCAACUCGGAACGAUACGGGUUUAGCGUGGUGAACAGAGGAUGCUGUGGGAUAGGCAGGAAUGCAGGGCAGAUAACGUGCUUGCCGUUCCAGACGCCGUGCAACGAACGCGGGCAGUACGUGUUCUGGGACGCGUUCCACCCGACGGAGGCUGUGAAUGUGCUGAUGGGGAGGAAGGCCUUCAAUGGCGAUACCACUUAUGUCUACCCGAUCAACAUCGAGCAGCUUGCUCGCAUUGGAUGAACAGCCCGAAGAAAAAGGAAACAAUGUGUCUUGGUUGAUUGAUGGAAUGUGGAUGUUCCUAACUAUUGUAAUUGAAUAUGAAGUCUGGUCUCAGUCAUGUAGUUUCUUUUCUUUCUGUUUCAAUCCUCCCAGAACUGUAGGUUAAGCAAUGUGGAGACAGGUUUUUCUUUUCCUUUUUGGGUCUGGACUCUGGCCAUUGUGGAAUGGAGAAAGUAUGUUGCUUGUUACUGUUUACUAUAACAAGUGUAGUUAACCCUAGUAAAGGUGAAUUGCUGUUAACGCGCACCUGGGAAACCUGUUGAUAAGCUCACAAAGGAGGCAGGAUUGCUGGAAAACAUUAGAUAAUGAAAGGGCAGCUACAGAAAGCAUCAGACAUUGCUGCUGGUGAUUCCUUCUGACAAAACCCCCUAGCAAUGCUGAAGAUCGAGAUAUCGGUAAAGCGUUGAUUCGUUGAGAAUAAGCUUUCGUCUAGUUUACACACUCGAUGCCAGUCAAAGGAUCCCCUGCAUGGAGUUGAAGAGCAACAUCUCCGACAACCUUAGCCAUGGACCUGUACGAGUACUCUGUA